CAACAACAACAACAACAUCAGCCACCAGUCAACGGCGUGGGAGCUCCCCUCUACCCGAUUGUAUCGUACCCCUCGGCCCCGGGCAGCAGCCAGUAUGGUACCCUGCGGUCGUCCCAGUCUCCCUGCCAGGCUCCCGGGGCUGUGCCCACGCUGGUGGGGGCGCCGCUGCAUCAGCAUCCCCAGACGUCAGCCGACACUAGCUCGCUGCCCCCCGCGUUCUCCACGACAGCAGUGCAGCAGUUCUGCGGGGCGCCGACCACAAAUCAGACGUCCCCAGCUUACAACGGGACGGCGCAUCACCCAGACCAACCCACGUCGCACCAACGUCACUAUGACCAAAACAACCACGCAGCUGCCCUCUAUGACCCCUACCAAGGGGUCCCCUACGGUAACAUGACGGCAGACGGAGACAGACCCCCGUCGGGAUCCACCACCACCUCAGUCCACUCCUCCCCGAGGCACCAGCAAGGAGUGCACUAUGGCUAUGAUGCUAACAGAAGCGGGAGCCUGGCAUGUGAACCCAGCCCUGCCACAGGUCCCUCAGAUUCCAGCUCUGAGGAGGAGGACGACGACGAUGAAGAUGAGGAUGAGGAAGCAGGAGGCGAUACGUCCUCCUCUACUACAGGCAGUGCCUCUCCUGUUCCCAACAACUUCGACUGCCUGGAGGGGGGCAGUUAUCCAGACUCGAUAGCCCCCUCCGGUGACAUGCCCAAUCACAGCCCCCCCUACAAUAACUACGGUUACCCUGGCAUGCAGCCAGCCUAUCAGCAGGGCCCAGCCUCCCACGGUGACUCCUCCCCCUCCCAUGAUCUGUACGGGCAGCAGCAGCCCCAGCAAUACGCUCAGCCCUUCCCCAACAUGUCCACGCUGUCGGCGGCCCUGGGCGGCCUCAGCGGCGUGCCGGAGCUGGAGCUGGAGGCUCUGAUGCCGGUCAACCUGCUUCAUGAGCGCUCCCUGCUUCCUGAUCGGCCCCUGGAGGCCCCCGAGCCCAACCUCAGCCCGGACCUGAGGAAGGUCAACUGCAGCCCUCAGACCUUCCGCUGCACGCUGAGCAGCAUCCCCCAGACCCAGGCCCUGCUCAACAAGGCCCGCCUCCCCCUGGGUCUACUGCUCCACCCCUUCAGAGACCUGCAGCAGUUGCCGGUGAUCACGUCCAACACCAUCGUGCGCUGCCGGUCGUGUCGGACGUACAUCAAUCCCUUUGUGUCGUUUCUGGACCAGCGGCGCUGGAAAUGUAACCUUUGUUACCGGGUCAAUGACGUCCCAGAUGAGUUCAUGUAUAACCCGGUGACCAGGUCUUACGGUGAACCCCACAAGAGACCAGAGGUUCAGAACGCCACGGUGGAGUUCAUCGCCUCUUCAGACUACAUGCUGCGCCCCCCCCAGCCUGCCGUCUACCUGUUUGUGCUGGACGUGUCUCACAACGCCGUGGAGGCCGGCUACCUCCAGCACUUCUGCGACUCCCUGCUCGACAACCUGGAUAAGUUGCCAGGAGACACGCGCAUGCGGGUGGGCUUCCUGACGUUCGACAGCACGGUCCACUUCUACAACCUGCAGCUGGGGCUCUCCCAGCCCCAGAUGCUGGUGGUCUCAGACAUUGACGAUAUCUUCAUUCCGUCUCACGACAGCCUGAUGGUGAACCUGAAGGACAGCUUGGAGCUGGUGAAGGACCUGCUGGGCGCCCUGCCCUCCAUGUUCAGGGACAGCCGGGUGACCCACAGCGCGCUGGGCCCCGCCCUGCAGGCGGCCCACCAGCUCAUGGCCCCCACGGGGGGGCGCAUCUCCGUCUUCCAGACCCAGCUGCCCUCCCUCGGGGCCGGGCUGCUGCCGUCCAGAGAGGACCCCAACCAGCGCUCCUCCAGCAAGGGGGUUCAGCACCUCGGACCAGCUACUGACUUCUAUAAGAAGUUGGCCCUGGACUGCUCCGGGCAGCAGAUCGCCGUGGACCUCUUCCUGCUCAGCUCCCAGUACGCUGACCUGGCCACCCUUGCCUGCGUGUCCAAGUACUCGGCGGGCAGUAUCUUCUACUACCCGUCCUACCACCACGUGCACAACCCCGCCCAGCGGGACAAGUUCAGGAAGGACCUGGAGCGCUACCUCAGCCGCAAGAUCGGCUUCGAGGCCGUCAUGAGGAUACGCUGCACCAAAGGCUUGUCCAUCCACACGUUCCACGGGAACUUCUUCGUGCGCUCCACAGACCUGCUCUCCCUGGCCAACGUGAACCCGGACUCUGCCUUCGCCGUCCAGAUGUCCAUCGACGACUCCCUGGUCGACUCCUCGCUGGCCUGCUUCCAGGCUGCCCUGCUGUACACCUCCAGCAAAGGAAAGAGGCGAAUCCGGGUGCACACUCUGUGUCUGCCAGUAGUCAGCCAGCUGAGUGACGUCUUCGCUGGGGCUGAUGUCCAGGCCAUAACCUGCCUGCUGGCCAACAUGGCCAUCGACCGCUCGGUGUCGUCCAGUCUGGGGGACGCCCGCGACGCCCUGCUCAACGCGGUGGUGGACGGCCUGGGCGUGUACCGCAACACGGUGUCCACCCUGCAGCAGCACGGGCUCAUCGCCCCCGACAACCUGCGCCUCUUCCCCCUCUACAUCCUGGCCCUGCUCAAACAGAAAGCGCUGCGGACUGGCACCAGCACGCGUCUGGACGAGCGCGUCUUCGCCAUGUGUGAGUUCAAGACCCAGCCGCUGCAGCAGAUGAUGCGCAUGGUUUACCCCGACAUGUACCGCAUGGACACCAUCUCUGACCAGGGGUCCCUGCACCUCAACGACACGGUGGUCCCCCAGCCCCGCCUGCUCCACCUCUCAGCGGAGAGGCUGAGCCGAGACGGAGCCUUCCUAUUGGACUGUGGCAGCGUGUUGUACCUUUGGGUCGGGAAGUGUGUGAAUGAGAUAUUCAUCAGAGAUGUCCUGGGGUGUCCCAACUAUGCCUCCAUACCUCCUAAUAUGACGGACAUCCCGGAGCUGGAGACCAAGCUCUCGGAGAGGGUGAGAGCGUUCCUCGAUUGGCUUCAGGACAACCGGGCGUUCAGCUGCCUGUUCUACGUCGUCAGGGAGGACGCCUCUGCUAAGUUAGACUUCUUCCAGAACAUGGUCGAGGACCGCUCGGAGAUGGGCCUAUCAUACCACGAGUUCCUCCAGAAUCUCCUGCAGCAGAUGUCCAAGUAGGUCCUCCUGGUGAAGACAGGAAGUCCCGGCCCCCUGGAACAGGACGAAGAAUGUGAUCAAGAUUUUGCCCCCUCCUUGGGACCACAGAGAGACGGAACAGGCAGCCAUGCAUACCGACGUUACAACCCUGGCCAAUAAUGCUGUCGGCGGGUGGCAUCGAAACACUGUGGGUUACCCCUUUUGAGGAUCACAAAUGGAUGGAUAAUGUCCUCUGCUUUAAGUGGUCAGCAAGGAGGUGGCAUGACGAUGCUGAAGAGGGAAACGUAGAACACCAGGCAAGGAACCAGUACGCCUGGCCCAGAACGGAUUGGAUCUAGUUAGAUCCGAUUGUUUCCUAGGCGCAGUGUCAAAACUCCUCCACCAGUUUGCUGUUUCUCAGCUAUCGUUAGCCUCAUGUAGCUAUUCACGCUAAUCCCGGCAGUAACCGGGAGAGCCAAGCAACAAGAAAUGCCAUUCCCAACAAUUUGAGUUUUGUUUUGUUUUGUUGAGCCUCCCUUGUAGCUAGAACUGUUCACCUUUUUAUUUGUAAGUACUUUUUUCCUCCUUUUCCUUGUUUGAAUUUGUUGUUUUGAAUACACUGGAGAAUUAAAGUUAGCAUUCCUUCUACAGUAAUAUUUUUAGCAUGUGCUUUUAAGAACAACCCCCGUUUAUGUAACUGUUUUUAUUUGCUGCUAGCAUGACGUUGACACACGGCUGCUAAGCUAACUUUUUAUUGGGAUCAAUCUGCUUUUCCCGCGACCUUCAGUCAACCUUCGUUUGUUUUGUCUUUUGUUUAUUUUUCCAGGCGCUACAUAAAGAAGCCAACUUUGUAACUAUUGAAAAGGAACUUUUAUGUGAGAUAAUUUAUGAAAUAAGCUUAAUAAAUAAAAGAGAGAAAUUAAUUACUUGACGGAUUCAUUCAUUGAUGCCCUAAUUGGCCGUAUACAAAAUUAUAAACUUCUUUUCUAUAUUUUUGUUGAUUUGUAAUUUAAACUUAUUGAGUCUGCAGUGGGAACAUUUCUUGUUAAGUGAAGUGCUCUCCUGUUACCAUCACCUUAUCGUGGUGGAGAGGUUUGCGUGUUCCUGUGAACGUAAGGGCUGUGUUGCCUGGAGUGGUGUCAGGUGAGGGGCCAGACUCAGAAUGGUUCACCAAGACCCCAAUGAAAAAUCAAGAAAGAGAAAUAGUCCCUGAAAUAUGGACCAGAUU